AUAAAAUCGCAGAUGAAAUUGAAUCCAAAGAUGAAACCGCAGAUGAAAUCGAAUCCAAAGAUGAAACUGCAGAUGAAAUCGAAUCCAAUAAUGAAACUGCAAUAUUAAAAAAAUGUCAAUGGCGGGUGAUUGAAAUUAAUGAUGAGCACAAUCAUUCCAUGGCCGAAGAUAAGAGAGUUUUUCAUGAACAUUGCCAACUAACUCGGGAAGCAAGAUGUACAGUUGUAAGAAUGUUAAAAGCGGGGCCGAAACCAAGUAUGAUCUAUGAGGCUGUUAGAGACAAAACUGGGACACUAACUGUGACAAGAAAGGAUAUAUCUAAUAUUGGUUUACAGAUUAACUCUUUAGAAGAAACUACAUCAAUGGAGGCAUUGAUAGUAGAGAUGGAAGAAAGAGGUAAUCUUGGCGUCAACAAAUUACAAACCUUUGGCAUUGCUGGUGCUUGGAUAUCGGACGAAUCUGAGAAAUCAUAUAUUUGGGUUAUUGAACAGCUCGCAUCUCUUAUCUUUUUAGAUAUUUCCCCUUUCGUGUUCAUUACUGAUAAUGAUGCUGCAUUGAUUGGUGCUCUUAGAAGAAUUUUUCCUAAAGUCGAGCAUAUUUUGUGUAGUUGGCAUGUUUUGAAUAAUUUCAAAAAAAAUUUAAAAAAAUAUUUUGUUGAUGAUUCGUUUUAUGAAAUUAUUAAUAUCAUGGAGGGUUUUAUUAAUCUAAGGGACUAUAAGGAAUUAAAUUUUGCAAUUUCUGACUAUCGUAAACUAGCUACAUCUAGCUUAAAUACAGAGAAAAAGGAAAGUAUAGGGAUUGACCCUUUAUUAAUGCAGGAUAAUAAGGACCACUUGAGACCACUUUUGGGAAGAGUAUCUCAAUUUGCACUAAAUAAAAUCAAGUGCGAACUUUUUAAUGCAACCACAUAUGAAGCUUGCCUUUGUGAAUUAUGUGUUAAUUAUAAUUUACCUUGCCGCCAUCUGCUUCCAAUAAAAGGUCCUAUUUUGCUGUCGAUUAUUCCAAAACGAUGGUUGCUAUUUCCCGAGCAAGGUCAACUUGAUUCCAAUAACAUAAUUCAGAAUGAAUUAUUAGAUAAUUCAGAUAAUGAACAACAAAAAUCAUCUCUUUUAGAAAAACUUGAUGAUAUUUUGGCAAUCCCAGAAGUUAAACUUUCAGACAUAAAAGUUCCAGAACGAAUUAUAGGAAAAGGUCGUCCUUCUAGAACCAAACGAUUGCCAACUGCAUUAGAAUGUAUGGAACAAGAAGAAAAGAAAAAAAAAAGAUUAAUAAUGGGACAAACCAAAUUAAAAACACAAGUACUUAUCAAAAAAAAA